AUGCCUCUGGCCGAGCUAGUAGCGCCGGCGCUUUCUACUGCCCAAGACGAACAGACGUUUAGUUAUGCGAAAAUAGACAAAACAGAAAUCAAAAGAACCCAUCUCCAUCUCCAGCCGGGAGAGAACUACCUAGACAAGAUAUAUGAGUACUACAAGCUAGAUGAGGUAGCAGCGUUUUUGAGUGAAAAGGAGACAAACGAAGAGGGCCAGGAGGUUCCAAAGCACAAGAGAGUGACUCUCCAGUUCCCAGAUUCCUUGGUUUGCGACGCAGCUGCUGUAGCUCAGCAGUUACAGAAGAAGCUAGGACUAACUGCUGUACCUGAAGAGAUCAAGACAGAAACAGAAAAAGAGAACUGUAACAGUUGUCAGACAGAUUGCUGCAAGUCCAAGGAUUCUCCUGAUAUAACUACAACCCAGAAACUCUGGGUUUUGGCAGAUACGUCUUACUCAUCUUGCUGUGUGGAUGAGGUAGCAGCAGAGCAUGUCAAGUCUGAUUUGCUUAUACACUUUGGCGAUGCAUGUUUGAAUGCUGUUUCGAAGCUUCCUUGUGCUUAUGUUUUUGGUAAGCCAUACGUUGACGUGGACGAGUUGGUCCAAGAGAUAAGAACCAGGUACCCUGAGGACGAUACUAAGGUUGUGCUUAUGGCUGAUGCUCCAUAUACGUAUAUUUUGCAUGAAGCGAAGAAGCGUCUUGAAGACUAUAGCAAUGUUGUUGUUGCAGAUGUGGAAAGCAAAGAGGCUCCAAUUUUGGGGUACCAGCCAGUGCAAGGCACUGAGGCACAGUUAAGAGCAUUAAACAGAGUCUUCCAUACUAUUGAAGAUGAAGAGAGUGAUGUUUUGGCAGAGUACGAAUUAUUCCAUGUCACGAGCCCAGAAACGCCUCGUUUGCUCCAGCUCACCACCAAGUUCCUGCUGGUGACGUUAUUCGACCCUUCUACCAACUCCACGUCCCAAGGCCCAUACCCUAACUUGAUGAGACGUUACAGAUACAUGCACAUGGCCAGAAGUGCCGGAACGAUUGGUAUUUUGGUGAAUACGCUAUCGCUCAGCAACACCAGAGAGUUGAUCAACGGGAUAGGCAAGAAACUUAAAGAGGCAGGGAAGAAGCAUUACAUUUUCGUGGUUGGUAAGCCCAAUGUUGCCAAAUUGGCCAAUUUCGAAGCCAUAGACCUUUGGUGUGUGCUUGGAUGUGACCAUCAAGGUAUUAUUGUGGACCAAAGCAACGAGUACUUCAAAGCUAUCGUUACUCCAUAUGAGCUUUUGCUAGCAUUGAGUGACGAAUUGUCAUGGACAGGUAAAUGGGUCACCGACUUCAAGAGCAUUUUGAACGAGCUUGGCGAGGAGCCUGAAGAAGCACCAGAAAAAGCCCACAACGACGAUUCAGACGACGAAGCGCCCGUUUUCGAUCCCGUCACCGGCCAAUACACCAGCAUGUCCAAACCACUCAGACGUCUCCAGCAUCUCCAGAUCUCCCAGGACGGCGAGCCCACACCGACCGAUUCCACAGCUCUCGUCCAGAAACUCUCCCUGGCCGUUGCCCUCAAAAACACCGUUUCCACGUCAGCAGCACAUUUACAGCAAAGAGCAUGGACUGGUCUUGGAAGUGACUUUAAAGACCAAGAAGCAGACAGCGACAGUGACUACGACGAAAGCGGUGCCGCCAUUGAAGAAGGAGCGUCAGGAAUUGCCCGUGGCUACGAUUUCGACCGUCUAGUUACUCGCUUCCACUGGCUAUAUGUGAUAGCUUACUUGGUUCUUUUCGUUAUAGACGCUGCUGCCAUAUACAGCCAGGCGUAUAAACUACCGUCGGAGUGGGUUUCGCUUGGACUGAACGACAUUGCGUUGGUGACGGGCGGCUCAUCGGGGCUAGGGCUAGAGUUGGUGAAGCAGUUGCUUUUUGAGUAUAAGGUUGGUAAGGUGAUUGUGCUAGAUAUCCGCAAACCAGAGUUUGAGUUUGGCUCUUCGCAGCUUGAAUUUCAUCGCUGUGACGUUUCUCGUGAUCACGAUUUGCAUUAUACGCUCAAUGGAGUGUUGCACAGCUUGGAUGCUCGUCAUGAGCAUAUCUCGGUGCUUGUGAAUAAUGCUGGCGUCAGGAAUAGUGGCCUGCUACUAAACCUUACCGAUGCCGAUAUCCGCCAGACGUUUAAUGUCAACACGUUUGCGCAGAUUACUUCCCUUAGAAAAGUCAUUUCCCAUCAUAUCAAGCAUUAUAAGCACUCACAGCUAUAUGUUGUGAGCGUUUCAUCCAUAUUGGCAGCGUUGGCGCCAAAGAACGGUUCUGUCUACGCUGCAUCAAAGGCAGCCAUUUUCCAAGUCCACGAAAGUCUCACACAAGAGCUUCGCUCCCUACCGAAUAUCCGUCUUCUUCUCGUGGCUCCAGGCCAAUUGACUACAGACAUGUUUAAAGACGUUACACCUAGCAGGACGUACUUUGCGCCGCUAGUCAACCAUAUCCGGUUGGCCACAGAUAUCUUGAAGAAAGCCAACAUUGGCGAAAUGGGCGUUCUAUGUGCUCCCUUCUACGCCAACUGGCUUCCCUUGGUCAAGGUACUCCCUGUAUAA